UUAUUGUGGUAUUUUGAUAGGUACAUCGCAAAGUAAACGUGAACGCUUUCGUUUACCGCGCGAUACUUGUUGUUUAGUGGUACAGCACAGCAAAGAUAACGUUUUUUUAGUUUACGUGCCGUUACAUUUCGAGCAUUUAAAAAAUAUUGAAAUAAAUAUAAAUGUAUUAAUUAUUUUUUGAACGGAAAGUACUAGUACUUGAAAUAUUGUGCACGUUAUUUUUAACCACUAAUAACAUUCUAUAGCUCAGUGCUAUGAUCGGAUUGUUAUUUUCGGUUGUGCCGGACGCGAUUGACUGUUUUGAGAUUCAAAUUUUAUGAGUCGGGUUUACAAAUAAUGUGCUGUGAUUAAAAAAAAAUCGAUACAUAAAUAAAUAAGAUCAGAGUAAUACAUAAAUGAAUUGUUUGAAAAAUGAUCGGAUAAGAUCUUUUAGUUAAGUGUUUACAAGUGCGCGAAGAUGUCUGGAUCUGGAGCGACGACGCCGACGGCGCCGGAGCCGCCUCUGGACGAGCGCGAUCUGGAGCCUCGCACGCCCAUGAAGAGACUCGGCUCCACAAGAAAGCUCGCUGCUUUUAACAACAUCCGCGUGCAGCUAUCGGAGCAGUCGCGCGUGCUGGAGGCGCGCGCGGAGGCGGCGGCGGGCGUGGCGGGCGAGCUGCACGAGUACUGCCGCCGCCGCGCCGACCUCGAGCACGAGUACUCGCGCGCGCUCGACAAGCUGGCGCGCGCCGCCGCGCAGCGACACAAGGACCAGAAGCACAAGCGUGAGCAGUGGCCGCUGAGCGGCGCGUUCGCAUGCUGGCAGGCGGCACUGGAGAACACGCGCGCGCUGUCGCGGGACCACGCGGCGCUGGCCGAGCUGUACGGCGGGCCGCUCGCCGCGCGGCUGCAGCGCGCCGCCGAUGACGUGCUCCGGCUGCACCGCAAGUGCCGUGAUAUAGUGUGCGAGCGGCACGAGGAGAUCGGCGCGGCGCUGGCGGAGGCGGCGGCGGGCGGCAAGGCGCACGCGGCCGCGGCGGCCGACUGGCGCGCCGCCGCCGUCAAGCUGCGCGCCGCACACGCCGCUAGGGCCCAGCUGCUCGCCGCCGACCCUCCGCGACACAAGAAGCUCAAGGCGCUCGACAAAGAGCUAGAAAAGCGUCGCGCGCGGCACAGCGCAGCUCGCGCGCGGGCGCUGCGGGCGCGCGCCGACUACGUGCUGAGCCUCGACGCCGCCAACGCCACGCUGCAGCGGUACUACCUCGACGACGUCGCCGACAUUAUGCUGUGCACGGAGGUGGGGUUCGAGGCGGUGGUGGGGCGCGCGGUGCGGUGUGCGGGCGCGGCGGAGGGCGCGCGCGCGCGGGCGCUGGGCGGCGCGGCGGGCGCGCUGCGGGGCGCCGCCGACGCGCUGGACGCGCUGGCCGACCGCACGCGCACCGUGGCCGCGCACCCGGCCGCCUUCGCGCUGCCGCGCCCGCUGCCCUUCGCCGGCGACGAGCCCGCCGCGCAGGACGCCGCCAUGCGCGCGCUGCUCGACGGCGCCGCGCCCGACACGGACGAGGGCACGGAGGCGCUGCAGAGCGAGCUGCAGCAGCGGCUGGCGCAGCUGGAGGCGGCGGCGCGCGCGUUGCGGGCCGAGUGCCGCGAGCACGCCAAGACGCUGGACGCGGCCGAGGCCGAGCUGGUGCGGCAGAUGGAGGGGCCCGACGCGCUGUGGGACGUGGGCCGGCUGUUCGGUGCGCCCGCGCCCGCCCCGCCCACCGCGCCCGACCCGCCCGCCGACCAGGCGGACCAGGAGGACUACUACCUCACGAAGUUCCGGUCGUACAUGUCGUGCGCGGGGCGGCUGGCGCGGCUGGAGAGCAAGGCGGCGGCGGUGCGCGCGCGGCUGCUGGGCGGGGCUGGGGGCGGGGCUGGGGGCGGGGCUGUGGCGGGGGAGGGGCCGCCGUCCCCGCCGCGCCGCGCGGGCGGGCGCCGCCGGGGCCAGUUCGCGCCGCCGCUGGACGACACGCUGCCGCUCGUGCUCACGUCCUGCGUGCGCGUCAUCGCCGGCUACGGGCUGCGGCAGCAGGGCAUCUUCCGCGUGUCGGGCUCGCAGGUGGAGAUGCAGGCGCUGCGCGCCGCGUUCGAGCGCGGCGAGGACCCGCUGGCGCGCGUGCGCGACGCGUCCGACAUGAACUCCGUGUGCGGCCUGCUCAAGCUGUUCCUGCGCGAGCUGCGCCCGCCGCUGCUGCCGCCGCAGCUGCAGGGCCGCCUGCUGCGCGUGGCCGCGCUGCCCGACGACGCGGCCUUCGCGCGCCGUCUGCGCGAGGCGCUGGCCGUGCUGCCGCCGCCCGCGCUGCUCGUGCUGCGCUACCUGUUCGCCUUCCUGCACCACCUGCACGAGCACAGCGACGCCAACAUGAUGGACGCCUGGAACCUGGCCAUCUGCCUCGGGCCCACGCUGCUGCCCGCCUGGGGCGACGGCGGCGAGCAGGUGGCGGCGCAGAACCUGGUCAACGAGCUGGUCAAGCGCGCCAUCCUGCUGCACCGCGACGUGUUCCCGCAGGACGUGGCGCCGCACACGCUGUACGUGCCGCCCGUGCUCGACGCGCCCGACCAAACCGACGCGCCCCACGCGCCCCACCAACCGGGGUCAGUUUAA